AUGUCAGGGAGCGCUUCGGGUGAAAAAGAGGCUCUAGACAACAUAGGAAUUUCAUCAGAGAGACCUACAAAACGUGCUAAAACCGAGCACCCGCUACUCUCAAUAAAAGGCGAAAAUAAUAAUGCCGAUAGUUCUACUAAAGAAGAAUCUUCCGGCAGUCAGAGGGUAGAGUCUACUAAUAGGGGAAAGGAAAAGGCACAGGAGGAUAAGAAAAAUCCCGGACGACGAAGGCGGGGACGGGAAGAGGGACCCAGGGGUGCAGUAGCGACAGGACCAAAAGAGCCUCGCCUUCCAAAGAGACAGACUGCAAUACUACUCGGAUUUUGUGGGUCCAGAUAUCACGGCAUGCAGUUCCAGAGAACUCAACCUGGACUUCCAGAGCAACGAACAAUCGAAGGGGAACUUUUCAAAGCAUUGAUUGCUGCUGGUGCUGUCUCCAAGGAUAAUGCAGACGAUCCUCUCAAGGUUAAUUUUGCGAGAGCUGCUCGAACCGAUGCUGGCGUACAUGCUGUCGGAAACGUCGUCUCAAUGAAAAUGAUCACAGAAGCUCCCGGUGUCGACAACAUGUUGAAUCGCAUCAACGAAUUGCUGCCUCCAGAAAUCCGUAUUUGGGAUCUCCAACGCGUUCAAAACUCAUUCAACGCCCGUAUACUCUGCGAUGGGCGCAAAUACACUUACUUUUUCCCUUCAUAUCUUCUCAUCCCUCCGAAGCCUGGUUGCGCUCUAGAUAAAGGAUUCAAGGAAUACGCAGCUUCAAUCUCACAAGAUGUCGCAUACACGUCUGAUCCAUUUUGGGACGUUCCUGGUGUAGAAAAAAGUGUGGCAGAGGAGGAUUUCACGCGAAAACGUGCAUGGAGAGCCUCUCCGGCUCACAUCGAACGCCUGCGUGAAAUCGUGAAGAAAUUUGAACGAACCCAUAAUUUCCAUAAUUUCACCGUUACUCAGGACCCGAAGGAUAAGUCAAAUAAUAGAUAUAUGAAGAACCUUGAGGUUUUAGACCCCGCCGUUUAUGGCGAGACAGAGUGGAUUGCAGUAGAGCUCAACGGGCAGAGCUUUAUGCUCCAUCAGCGGAAAAUGAUGUUUGCACUCGUCAUGAUUUGUAGAACGCAAACUCCUUCCACUGUCAUCGACCAGCUUUAUACCCUUACAACUGUACAUAUACCGAAAAUGCCUGCCCUCGGACUAUUGCUCGAGUAUCCUGUUUUCGACCUAUACAGCAAGAAGCUCGCCGACGCCAACGAGAAGCUGGAUGGCCCUUCCGAUCCCCAAUAUCGUCACCCCAUCAGUUUCGAGAAGUAUUCAGAACAGAUGAAUGCGUUCAAACAGAAAUACAUUUACAAUAAUAUGAGAGAUAUAGAAGACCGGAAAGCUCUGUUCGAUGCAUGGAUACGUUCAGUGGACGGUUAUGGAGGAGGAGACUUACUUUACUUCAAUCCUACAGGGACUAUUCCCGAAGUUUCGGUGGUGAAAAAAGGAGAGAAGAGGGAAAGACCGUUCAGGGAACAGAGAAAAUUCAAUAUGACUAGCUUUGCGGAGGAUGAUCAUGGGAGAAUGGAGGCGGACGAGCAGCCUGACGACGUUGAUAUAGAUCGGCCGUUGAGUAAGAAGGAAAGGGAAGGAGCUGAGGGCUGA